AUGUCAGACGACAUCCAGUGCAACUGCAUCGCAACCCUCGACACCCCCUCCACUAUCGGCGAGACCCACGUCCUUUCCAGACCAGUCGAGGACUGGGAAACUGUGGGCGCGCCGGUAAACGAGGGCGCAGCACCGCUCUACCACGACGGAAAUAUCUGGGUAGCGUACUCGGCGUCGUACUGCUGGACAUCGAAUUACUCACUUGCGCUCCUUGCGUAUGACGGCUCUGGUGAUCCGUUGGACAGUGCUUCUUGGACGAAAUCGGAUGGUCCUGUGUUUGUUUCUGCAGAUGGGAACUAUGGGACUGGGCAUAAUGGAUUUUUCACGAGCCCUGAUGGAUCGGAGGUAUGGAAUGUCUACCACGCCACUGCCAUUUCGGAAGGAGCUUGCAAUGGGAGUCGGUACACGGCCGUCCAGGAGGUGAACUGGAACGAUGAUGGGUCCCCGAACUUGGGCGUUGCCGUUGCUCUAGGUACAGAGUUGGAUGGUCCAUCCUGGGAGUAA